GAUAGGGCACUAAAUAAAAGCUUUUCUAGUACAUUUCCACAAAUUCACACGCACACGCACUAACAAAAAAGUUAGUUCGUGGUCCAUAUAAUUAUACCAAAAUAUAAGUGGAGGAACCAUAGUACCAAAAAAGAACAGAAAAAAAAGAGAAUGGGUAACAACAUAGGAGGAAGUACGAAGGUGAUGAAGAUUAACGGCGAAAUCCUUAAACUGAAGACACCAAUAACAACUUCAGAGGUAGUUAAAGACUACCCAGGUCAUGUUUUAUUGGAAUCAGAAGCAGUGAAGAAAUUUGGGAUUAGAGCUAAGCCAUUAGAGGCAGAACAAGAGCUGAAGCCGUGCAAAAUAUAUUUUCUUGUAGAAUUGCCUCUGUUUCCUAAACAAGAAAUUACUAGUAAUAAUAAGGUUACAAGAAGGGUGAAAUCUGAUGUUCAUAUGAACGCACAAGAUCGGCUGGAGUGCCUUAUGUUAAGCCGGAGAUCGGCUUCGGAUUUAUCGAUUUCGAAGCCGAGUAAUGGAGCUGUUGUUCAGCUGAAGAUGAAGCUGCCCAGAAGUGUAGUACAAAAGUUGAUUGAAGAAAGCAGAGAUGAAACAGAGGUUGCUGAGAAAAUUAUGGAUCUUUUGGAUAUUUGUAAUGAGGUUGGAGUUUCUGUUAUUUCCUUUGAUACUAUUAGUCCUUGUUGCCUAUGGGUUUACCUCUGUUUCCCCAAACUCAUUCAAUCUGGAGAUAUUCCCUUCAAAGGAAAUGACUUGGACGUAUUGAUAGAAAAUGUACCUGGCAUGGAAGAUCUUCUACGGCGUCGCGAUUUUCCAUUCUAUCGCCUCACCAAUUGUGCAACGGACCUAUAUUGCCAACUUGCUCUCAAGGAAAUCCAAAGUAUACCUCGAUCCCAUGGACUCAUAUUAAAUACAUUUGAAGAUUUAGACGGUCCGUUACUCUCUCUUAUUCGCUCUCAUUGUCCACAAACGUAUGCGGUUGGACCGCUACACUUGCAACUCAAAACUAGGCUUGCUGAUAAAACAAUGUCCUCUUCGAAUAGUUUGUGGGAAGAAGAUCACAGUUCAAUUCAAUGGCUCGACGCACAUCCCACAGAAUCAGUAAUCUAUGUAAGUUUUGGAAGUCUUGCAACUUUGACAAAGAAGGAAAUUUUGGAGUUUUGGCAUGGAUUAGUAAAUAGUGGAAUCAGAUUUUUGUGGGUCAUGAGGUCCGACUUAUUGAGGGAAGAAGAGUUUAGCCACCAAUUUGUGAAGGAGCUAACGGAUGGUUGCGAAGAAAGAGCUUACAUAGUGAGUUGGGCUCCACAAGAGAAAGUACUAUCCCACCCAGCUAUUGGUGGAUUUUUAACUCACAGUGGAUGGAACUCGACUAUGGAAAGUAUUGUUGAAAGAAAGCCCAUGAUCUGUUGGGCUGUUUAUGUGGACCAACGAGUCACAAGUAGAUUUGUGGGUGAGGUGUGGAAAAUUGGGUUGGACAUGAAAGACAUUUGUGACAGAUACAUUAUUGAGAAGGCGGUGAAAGAAUUGAUGGUAACAAAUAAGGAUAAGUUGAAGAAAUCGGUUGACAAAUUAUCUAUGUUGGCAGAAAUUAGUGUUGGAGAAGGAGGUUCAUCGUACAAUGCUUUUGAAUAUCUCGUCAAUGACAUUAAAAAGUUAGGAAGAAGAAACAAGGAUAGCAAUCCUAACUGCAUGGGAUAAACAGGGUAAUGCUACCAAUCAUUGAUUAUAUCAUUUCUUGUUCUUUUAUUGGAUACUACAAGUUAUUCAUACAGGUACACUAGAUGAGAUAAAGCCCGCGCUACCAUGGGGUCGAGCGCAAUGUUAGCGUAUAAAAUUGUAUGUUUUGCCUUUUAAAUAGGUUAUUUUCUAAAAAUCAAAGUCUUGUCGGAUGUAAUUUUUGAAGUAUUAUGAUACAGCUCGAAAAAGUGAUUAGAGCCACAAGCCUAACUAUCAGCCCUUAAGGCUACCAACCUCUGUUUCCUAGAGAAGAAAUUAGUAUUGGUAAGGUUACUAGAAGGGUGAAAUCUGCUGUUCAUAUGAGCGCACAGGACCGGCUGGAGUGUCUUAUGUUGAGCCGAAGAUCGGCUUUGGAUUUGUCAAUUUCGAAGCCGAGUAAUGGAGCUGAAGAUGAAGCUGCCUAGAGGUGUUACAAAAGUUGAUUGAAGAAAGCAGAGAUGAAACAGAGGUGGCUGAGAAAAUUAUGGAUCUUUGUAUGUCCAAUUCCAGUCAUGACAGUUAGUUUCUUUGCUUAAUUGGUUUGCUAUAGGGUCAAAUUUAGUUUCUAGAAUUGCAUAUAGUUUUACAGGAACUUCUGCUCUAUCUGUUUAUUUGCUGGUAAUGUUGUCAUAAAAGUACUAUUGAUCUUCUUAGUUCCAUUUUUUGGUAGGAAGGAAAACAUUUUUCAAUUUUUCCUUAAUUUUUUUUUAAAAAAAUGACUUACCUCCAAUAAAUAAGGAAAACUUUUUCUAUGGAAA